CCGAGUCCCUCAGCAUGUCUGCCAUCUUGUGGGCAAGUUCCUUCGGGUCCUGUCCGCCUAUGCACUCUACUACUUUCUGGCCUCCACGAAUACGCCAGCUGGCAUCACCGUGUUCUACUCUUUGGUGGGAUCGACAGCUCUCUUCUUAUUGUUCCAGCAACCAUGGAGAGGGCACCGUCCAUUGACGAAAGACCAGCUGACAUCGAGUGUGAUAAAUGGAGGAGUUUUGGCUUUAGGGCUUCUCCUCUGGGUUAUGGGACUCAAGGCUUGCGGACCUGUCAGAUCCAUUAUGGCCGAAUAUGUUGGAGUUGUUGCCGGGGCGACCUCAGGCAUUUUCCGGGGAAGAAAAGCCAAGAGGGGUUCCAAGGUAAUCAAUAAAAACUAAUCACUUUCAUAAAAAGAACCAAGAGAAAAAAGCCAAAACGGCAUCCAAAGUAACUAAAAGUAACAAAACAACGCCCCUAUU